AUGAAGGCCUCCGCGUUACUGGUCUCAUGGCACGAUGACAAUGUCCCAAUCUACUCCGUCCACUUUGACCCCAAUGGCAAGGGUCGCCUAGCAACUGGUGGAAAUGAUAACAACGUCCGACUCUGGAAAGUCGAAUCUACCGGGGAGGAACGAAAAGUCACCUACCUGAGUACUCUCAUAAAACAUACACAAGCCGUCAAUGUGGUUCGUUUCUGUCCAAAAGGUGAGAUGCUGGCAUCUGCUGGAGACGACGGCAAUGUCUUACUCUGGGUGCCAUCGGAACUACAAGCACAGCCUGGUCUCGGGGAGGACCGGUCAGACGAUAAAGAGACUUGGCGAGUGAAACACAUGUGCCGCUCGUCCGGUGCGGAGAUCUACGAUUUGGCUUGGUCGCCCGAUGGGGUGUUUAUUAUGACCGGCAGUAUGGACAACAUUGCCCGCAUAUACAAUGCGCAAACUGGUCAAAUGGUCCGACAAAUUGCAGAGCAUUCACACUACGUCCAAGGCGUUGCGUGGGAUCCGCUUAAUGAAUUUGUGGCUACUCAGUCAUCUGAUCGAUCAGUUCACAUCUACAGCUUAAAGACCAAAGAUGGCCAAUUCACACUUACUCCCCAUGGCAAGGUUCUCAAGAUGGAUCUACCCGCCAAACGGAUCGCAUCCAGCAGUCCUGCUCCGGAGCCUACAAGCCGGCCUCAACAUAAUAACCAACUUGCAAUUGCUUCACCGGCUCCGUCUACACCGGGAACGCCAAUGGCAUCCAAUUUACCCAUGGACCCACCGCCGGUUUCUCACAGCCGACGCUCUUCCUUUGGUUCAUCGCCAUCGAUUCGACGUUCAGCAUCUCCCGCUCCAUCCCUGCCACUGCCUGCUGUGAAGCCUCUGGAAGUGUCUUCCCCAAGCCUCAUUGGGGGCCUAGGCGUGAGGAAUGCUAGUAUCUAUGCCAACGAAACAUUCACUUCGUUCUUCCGACGGCUGACCUUCGCCCCGGAUGGAAGCCUGUUGUUCACGCCGGCUGGUCAAUACAAAACUUCUCAUGUCUCACCCACCGACCCUUCCAAGACAACAGACGAAAUUAUUAACACCGUUUAUGUCUAUACGCGCGCCGGUUUCAACAAGCCACCAGUAUCUCACCUUCCUGGUCACAAGAAGCCCUCUGUUGCCGUCAAGUGCUCUCCGAUUUUCUACACUCUCAAGCAGUGUAACCAGUCUGCCAAGCAUCUCACUAUCGACACCUCGUCUGAAGAGUCAAUGUUUCCUCCGUUACCGGGUCCAGUUGUAUCAGGAAAUACAGAUCAAGUGUCCAAGGACUCGCUAUCCGUACCGGCAGGUGACCGCCCGACAUCUCAGCCAUUAAAAAAAGCCGACAGCAACAAUGCCGGCUCCACAGCCCCCAUUUUUGCGCUUCCUUACCGCAUUGUAUAUGCUGUGGCCACUCAGGAUGCCGUUCUGAUCUACGAUACACAGCAGCAGACUCCUCUGUGUGUGGUAAGUAAUCUGCAUUUCGCGACUUUCACUGACUUGACCUGGUCGGAUGAUGGUUUGACUUUACUCAUGAGCUCUUCCGAUGGGUUCUGCUCUACUCUUUCGUUCUCACCCGGGGAUCUGGGUCAGAUAUAUACGGGACCAACUGCAGCUGCCAACCAUGCUAGCUCAAGCACUCCUUUAAGCCAUGCGACACCUUUACCUACCCCAAGUCAUGCCCCGUCCCCUAUCAAGUCUAGCCACCAGGCCAGCGCCGCAUCAAACACCUCUCAAGCGCCCCCGGCGAGCCCUGCACGAUCCAAUUCAGCUUGUUCGGUUGCAACGCAAUCAUCCAACCAGCAGACUGGUGCCGUAGUCAACAACCCAACCCCAACUCUGGGCUCUGUCCCAUCGGUGACGGCAACGCACUCUGCGCAACCUUCCACACUUCCACUCACCACUCCACCGCAAACGCCUUUGCCAUUACCUGGAUCGCAAGGUGGGAACACACUUACUGGCACUGUCCUUGGGAAACGAGACAUAAAAACCGCCAGCGAGUCCGAGAAGGAGGAAAUUAAGGGUCCAGAAGCCACUCCCCAGAAACAGAAGAAACGCCGAAUUGCCCCAACACUUGUUUCAGCCAGCACUGACCCAGCACCAUCAAAAGACAACGCUGGUAGCACUGGAACUAGCAACUAA